AAACACCGUCGACAAUCCCGACGAGCUGCUGUAAGCCGCUGGUCAAGUGCUCCCGACGAGCUCCGCGAUUCCUCGCCUGACGAUAUUAUAAUUUGUUGUUUAUAUUUCACGAUAAUGAUUUUCAUUUGGCCGGACGUCCGUUUUCCCUCAGUCGCAUGAAUCGUGUGUCAAUUACAAAUGCAACAAUAAUAUUUUUAUUAUGUGACCAGCGCCAUCAUAAUACUAUGAUACCGCCCGGGUGCGACCAAUUCUGCACCACCACCGAAUUCUCGUCCAUCCGGUGACGAAAGUAUUGGACCUUUUUGAAGAUGUGAAGUACCUAUAUUGGCUAAAUAACUUCAAAAUGGAUAAAGAAACAACACUUAUGUAUCAACCAGCCAAUCGGAUGGAGGACUCUUCGUGGAACUUGACCGAUGUUCAUCUAGAUGACAUUAAAAUGGAUAGUAAUUUUGCCUGGAUGCUGUUCUCACUAAUAUCUGGAAUGGUGUGGGUAAUUUAUAUUACUUACUACAAUUCUAGAGUGACGGCAUAUAUUGUCACCAGACUGUUGACUAGGUUCUAUGCUACAAAAGGAUAUCUUAGUAUAGGUUCUUUUACGGUUUGUGCUCUUUCUGGUAAGAUUAUGUUCAGAGAUAUAAUUUACAUCACUGAAGAUUAUACCAUAAGAGUACAGGAUGGCUGGUUGAUAUUCCGUUGGUGGCGUUCUUAUGUUCCUAAAGAUGUAUCAGAAGAUUUGUCACAUUCUGAUACUAGGCUGUCCGUUAUGUUAAAUGGGUUUGAACUACAUGUAUAUAACCGUUGUAAAAUGUAUAGUAAUUUAGAAAAAGUAUUCAAUUUAGAUCCGUCAAUUAUUCCUUGGGACGAAUUAAGUGUCAAAGAAGAGGAAGCAAAAAAUAAUAAAGAUAAGAAACAAGAAGCAGUGCUUGGAAAAAGCUGGAGAGAUCUUAUACCUGUGAUAAAAAUGGAAGUGUCUUCUGGCCGAGUGGUAUUUGGUAAUCGACUUAUACCAACCACUUUACUAGUCAAUGUCGAAGAAGCCCAUUUUGUGUAUUCGACUAAACCAGCUGCUUCAAAAUUGGACCAUUUUAUGCACUUUGUUAAAUGCAAAGCAGAAAAUUUUAAAGUGAUAUUAGCACCAAGUCCCAAAUAUACUGGCAUGGCAGAUGAUCCUCCUCGAUACAUGGGUGCUGGUUUUGUUGUGUUUUCAUCAAAUAAUAUAGAACUUUACUACUACAUGGACGAACCAGGGGUUGUACCUGAAGAACCUGAAAUGUUGCAAUUAGCAAAUGGGGAUAUAGUUGAAUCGGCUCCACCCAUUUGGGGAAUUGACAUAAAGUGUGGAAAAGGAACAGACUUCAGUUAUGGUCCUUGGGCAGACCGACAAAGGGAACAUUUAUUCAAGUUAUUCUUUCCACAAGAUUUUCAACCACUUAAGGUUAGUGAUCCACCAUUACCUGGGGAAAAACGUCAAGUUCAAGCAUUUGAUAUUCGCCUGAAUACACUCUAUGAAUCUACUAUUGACAUUUUGUUUUCAAAAAAUAAAGAAACUAAUGCAAUUCAUAUUAAUGUUGGACCGGGUUCAUACAUGGAAAUUACUUUACCAUGGCUAGUAGCACAUGAUGGUUAUACUACUAAAAUUACCGGGCAGCUACUUCAUUUAGAAGCAACUACAAGUUUGCAAUUUCGCAGUUUAUUAGAGUGUGAAACAUUAGAAUUUACCGCUCAUUGCCACUAUCCAAUUCAGUGGAAUGAUCAUCAAGAAUGGUUGUUUAAUUUAACUGGUUGUAAAGCAACAGGGUGGUUUACCUAUGCUCACAAAGGUUUUUUUCAAGAAAUGAUAAAUGAUUGGGCCAGUAAAAGUAGGCCAGAUAUUUUACAUUUUGUGCCAUAUACAUGGAAGUUUUCAGUUCUUAUGAAAGAAUUUGAAUUAAUAACUAUUAGUAAUGAAUACAAUUGGAUCGAUUGUUCGUCUCAAAAUCAAGAGAAUGCUCUUAUUGCUGCCAGUGGUGAUUUAUUUGAUUUUUCAUUUGAUCUCCCAUUUACGGAGUUUUUGCCUGACACAUUACCACUUCGAUUUUGGAUUCAAGGUGAAAGUAUAGAUUUAUCUAUGUAUUUGCCAGAAGUAUAUACUAGCCGAAGUGUUUUAUUAUCAUUAAAUCAAAAUGCUAAAUUACUUGGACGUGAUGGAAAAGUAUAUAGAUCAAAAUUGGAUGAUAAUGGACGUAAAUGGCGAAAUAUUUGUCAAAAAGGUCUUGGAUGGGUAGACUGUUGGACCAUGCCGAUUGUUGCUUUAUCAAUUAAUUUUAUUUAUCAUCCAAUGCCAAUGUAUGGACCACCACCUCAAGCUGACAUAACUACACCCGAAAAAGAAGAAAAAUUGCUUUCACCAAUGAGAAUGCAGCAUCAUAAGACACAAAAUGUUCCUAUUCAUUGGACUCGAGAUGAAGGACAAAAAUUUGACCCAACUACUUUACCAGCUGACAAAGUUAGUUUAGAGUUGGAAAUUGGUUCAUCAAUUAUGUUUUUGUACGGAUCUUGGCUCAGGCAUUUUUUUCAUUUAAAGGAAAGCAUUUUUGGUGAAGAUCAAAUUUUUACUGAUAUGAAUGAUAAAUUAAACCCAAAAAGUGCAAAUACUGAUAAAGUUACAGAUCAAGACAGUAGUUCUUUAUCAGAUAUAAAAAUUCAAGUAGAUCCACGAGAAUACAGACCAUUGGAAGUAGUUAUUUCUAUUACUAUGCAUGAUUUACAAGCCCAUCUCAUUAAGAAUUGCAAUGAUAAUGAUCCCCCUUGUCCAGUUAUAAUAAUUGAACGUUUUGGACUGGAAAUGAAGAAAUCUUAUAGGGACACUCAGUUACAGUUAUUGUUAUCACCUAGUUUACUUAUAUCCAGUGAUAAAUUAGGAAAUCGACCAGUAAAAGAUCAUCAUUUGAAUCAAGGACAUUUAAUGCUUUCUGCUCUACAGAUUCGAGGUCAUGCUAUGUUUAGUGAUGCUGAAAGAAAUCUCAACCAAGACACGUUAGAAUAUGCUUGGUUAUUAGAAAUUCAGCUGGGAAAACUUAGUGGUAAAGCUACUGCACCUCAAUUGUUUCAUGUUGUGACAGGCUUGGAGACUAUGUUCUUACUAAUGUUUGAUUCAGAAAAUCAGCUCAAACCAGCUCAUUUACCAUUAGAAUGUCAUCAUGGUUCAUCUCCUUCAACAUGUCCUCAUAAUGAUCCACAGGCCCGUUAUAGAUGUCCCACAGCUGAUGAAAUAAAAUACCGAAUGACUCGUGUAGCUAUUGAUGCUAUAGAUAUCUAUCUAGUAGAGUCUGGUACAGCUAUUAAUUUAUGGGCUUCCCCAUUACGACUAUCACAUUGUAACUUACAUAGUAAUCAUCUCAAGUCUGGUAUUACAUUAGUUAUUCCAGCUGUGAAACUCAAACAAUUUAUUUGUGCUGGUCCACAAAACACACUUGGACUUAAUAGUAACACUAGCACUUCGGGAAGUAACAGAUCUCAGCAUCGAAAUAUUAGUGGUACCUCAAAUGAAAAUCAGGAAAUGUGGCUAGAGAUUGGUUCUGCAUCAUUGGGUCCUUUUAUACUUGAGUUGGCCUCUUCUUUAUCUGACUCUGAUAAAAAUUUACACCUUGUUCAACAUAAAUAUCUUAAACUGCACGAUGAUCGUUACAAAAGAUUAUGGUUUUUGUGGCCAAGUGACAGUAGGUCUCUUGUGACGGGAAAAUGUGGUUGUGUUGGCGGAUGUGCCUUUUUUGGACGUAAUCGAAAUGGUCAACGUUUCUUUAAACCGUCUAGAAAUGAUAUUCAAGAUGGCAUCAAUAUUGCAGCUUUAAGAGUGAAUGAAAGUGGAAAAGAUCCAGGAUUCGGCCAAAGUAUUUUACAUGAUUGUCAAUUAAUAUUUCAUACACCACCGUACAAUAUUGGUAGUGGUGUUGUUAUACAUGAUCAUCCAGUACCACAAUGGCCAAAUAUUCGUCUUUUAAAUAAGGUAUACCAAGAUCAGUCUGAGGGAAGCAAGAACAGUUCUAAUAUCCCAACAAAUGUACCAUACACAAUAGACAGUGAAGACAUACCUUCUCCUUUACCGACUCACCCAUUAUCUAGACGUUUCUCAUAUUCAUCUGCUGCCAGCAGACUAAAUGGAGUACAAACAAUAAGUCGUGAAGUGCCGUAUUCACGCCUAAUUGAUGCCAGUCCAACCCCUGUACUUAAAAUGGAUUCACGACCACAAUCACCUCACAAGUUUAACACUACUAGGUCCAUACUGAGUGUGCCCGAAAACACAUUAGCUGUAGACAAUGGUGCCUGCCCAAAGUAUAGUGUUUCAGAUUCUAGACUUGCUGUUGAUUAUUUUAACACAACAGCCCUACAAUAUAAUGCACUUGUCACAAGUGCUCAGAAUAAUUCAAUUAGUGCAGCCAAUGCUGAUUCCAUACAUUCCUUACACCAGACUAGUUCAAAACACCCGUUUUCAAGAACUAUAUCUAUAACUAGUGAUAAUCCAUCUGAAGUCUUUUUUUCGGCUGAAGAGGAUCUUACUCUAACUAGUAAUCUCAAGAGUAAUGAUCGAAUUACAUUGGGCUCAGCCAGGUGUUCUUCAUUGAAGAGCUCUUUGAACAGCAGCGGAAUUGGUCAAAAUGAAUCUUUUAUUAAGAAUCAUUUUGGAAGUGAGACAACCAUCAUACCAAGUAGUCCAGCACUAUUAAGUAAUAUUACUGUUUCUAAUAACACAACAGUUGAUCAUCAAGACCAUACAGUAUUAAAUAUUGACACCUUAGAAUGUGAUUUAGCUGAUGAUGAAAAAACAUUACUUGCUGUGGACAUGAGUAGAGAUGCCAAUCAAAGUCCAUUGUUGAAAUCUAAUCAUAAUUUAAUUGAUAAUGAACAUGAUGGAGGAAUUAUAGAUUCAUCAGAUUCACGUUCAAUAUCCAGUACAUCGUUUAUGUCUGCUGUAUCAUCUCAAGAAGACUUGGCACUUAUAAAUUUGCACAUGCAUAUCAACAAGCCUAUUGUUGAUUCUCCAUUAUUACUUACAACUUAUACAAAUCAUUUAUCACAAACAAGUUGUAAUAAUUGGUCUCAAACAUCAUUACCAGCAGGAUCUGAUGCGUUUACUGUUCCAAUUUAUCAGCAUACAGUAGACGAUCGUCUUGUAUUUAUUGGUAGUAAAUAUUUACCUAAAUUUGAAACUACAGCUGAAGGUUUUACAAGUUUAAAGAUGGUGCCUAGAACAGAUUCCAAAGAAAAAGAACCUAGUCCACUUAAUGCACAAACACAAUCUUCAAAGAAAUAUACAUGGGAUCAAUCACAGUUUGAUUUUACUCAGAAUGCAAAAGAAACAUUUGAAAUUGAUUGUGAAGAGGAAAUGGUAUCUUUACGAAGUGAAACUGGAACAAGAACAACAGUUGUUAUCAAACUCAAAGGAGAUAUUGAUUUGAUGGUCACACCAUUAGCCUUAGAAUCACUUCAAAAGUUUGUUGAUAGUUUGAUUCCAACAUUUAGUAAUCUCCACCCGCUUACUGUUUUGAACCACUUACAUUCCAGUUGCAUUAGUCGUGUUGAAGCUGCUAAUAUACUUAAACGUGAUAAAUAUUUAAGCCAAAUGCAGGGCGGAGGAAGUAAAAGGAGUACUGUGGAAAGAGUAAAACCAAAUUUAAAUAAAGAUGCACAACCUGAUUUACAACAACCAAACCGUGUUUAUGAAGAAUUUAUUGCUUCACAAGUUCAAGGAACCGUGAUUUUACCAAAAAUUAACAUUUGUGUACUACAAGCGUCCAUUGUUGAAGAAGUUAUAUCUUUUUCAGCAUUAGAUAAUAUUAGAGAUUUGACUUGUGUAUCAUUAUUAGCAAUAUGUCUUGAAGAACUUACUACCAAGUUUCAUUUUAGUAAACAGGCAAGAGAAAUUGUACAAACAUAUCAUCCACCAGCUGUAGCUCCUAGUGGUCAAAAGAAAGGUGUUUUAAGUAGAGCUGCUGGAAAAGCUUUUUUACUUGGAUUGAAUAUUACUUCUGAAGUUGAUCCUGAGAGCACCCACGGUGAACCAGUUUAUAUUGAGACUUCUGAAAAACAGCAAGAAGAAACAGUUAUCACACUGCACAUAAAUAGAGCACAUGCUCAACUACGUAGACUGCAUAAUGAGUGUUCAAUAUUGAAAGAAGCAGUUAUAACAGCUAUACCGACUCAUUGUUCAAAAGUCAUGUUUAAAACUUGUUCUAAAGGGAAAUCUACAGAAGUUCAGAAUAGUGUAAACAGCGAUAAUGAUGAAAUGGGGCUGAUAAAUAUUUCAGAUGAAAAAAUGGGAUUUAUUAUGAUGGAAUGUGGUUUUGAAGGAAUUGCUUUUAAAGUUGUAAAAAGAUCAAAUUUUGAGAAAGAGAAUGAUCGAGAAAUCAGAGAUGUGCCAUCACCUUCACCAGUACCUGACUCAACUGUUGGGAAAGUAUCUCAUUCUGAAAUUCGAACUAAAAAUGAAGAUAAUAUAGAAUCUAAAGCAAAUACCUCUAGCAAACAAGAUGUAGGUGGUGGUUCAACGCCCAUGGCUACUCCUAAGCAAAUUAAGACUCCCUCAGAAACGUUUAUCAAUAAUGAAGAUACAGUUGAUAACACAGUGGCAAAAGUGGGAAUUGAUAAAAAUGCAUCAUCUUGUGUCAUGGAAGUAUGUCAAGUUUGGUUUAACUUUGCUGCGCCUCCAUUAACACCGAUUACUCGUAAAAUAGACUAUACAAGACAUGACUGGAAUUUACUGAGUACAGCAUCACCGGCUAUUAAUGCAUGGAUGAAUCCUAGUAAUCGUUUUGCAAUGCGUCUUGUGCACAUGCUGCGUACUAGAUAUAGACGCUGUACAGCUGUUGUAACUUGUUUAAUGGCUGAGGCACUAGAUGUUCAAAGUCUCCAUAUACCUCUUAAGAGUCGUUAUAGGCAUACUACUCCUUUGGCUAAAACUUUACAAGAGGAUCCUUCAUGUCAACUGUGUAAUAUAUUGCAAAAAUACCUUCUUCAAAGUGAUGUAACAAUCGAUACCAAUUUAAAAGAUCCAUUUUUGCCUAACUUAUCAAUUUUGAGACAAGGUGUUAUUGUUUUGAGUCGUCAGUGGAAAAAUAUCUUAUAUACCCCUUUAUUACUUGAACACAACUUCAAAAGCCGGCAUCAUAACUUAAAACCAUUAAAUGUAACUUUUGCAGUUUCAGAUGCUGAAGAGGAUGGGGAGGCUUCUGGGGAAGAAGGCGGAGAAGGAAUAACCGACGAGUGUGCUAUGCUGCUGACCAGCGAACGUCAUUCGCACGUGUCUACAUUACAACGGGUACUCAAAUCGCAUACAAACAAAUGUGGGUCAAAAGGAAAUUAUGGUAACGAGUCUCAUUAUUAUGAUCCAUUUUCUCCUACCGGUAUGGCAGAUCAGCCAAACGAUGUUGCAAUGAGUUCACAUAAUUCUUCUUGUGAUCAGCCUAAAAACAACAAGUCACUGUUACCCACACAAAUGCCAUCUUCAUCUAGAGCUAGUGUGAUGUUUCCAAUAUUGGAUGAUACAGUUCAGCACACAUACAAAAAUAUUGUCGAAGUUCCAUUAGUUGAUAGUAACUAUCAAGCUCCAGUAGAAGGUGAAAACUUGGCUGGAAGCGUAGAGGCUAUAAACAUAUCUCCACAAAAAUCAGACCGAAAUGAAGAUCUUUACACUUGGAUGGCCAAACAAGAUUUUAUUAAUCCUGAACCUCGAGUACCUAAUAGACUGGUUAAAGCUAAAAAAAUACGAAAUUGGCGGCUACGUAAAGGACCGUUACGUACAUCUGAAUCAAAGAAUGUACCUCUUACAUCUGAUAAUCAAUCUUCAGCUGAUUUUGCGGAAUCAGAUUCUUUACGUUUUAAUAUAUUUCCUAAAUAUGAUUCACUACGAUUAUUGGAUGCUCACCUCAUUUUUGAACCAUUAUUAUCUAGUCUUGGAGUUAUGCCUCAACAAAUGGUUAACCCUAAUUCAGGUAACAAUGGUAUGGCUGCACUUGACUCUUGGGGAUCUAAUUUGUCACUUGUUGGGAGUCUUGAAACAAUGCGUAUAGACAUUGUUGUCAGUGAGUAUGGAAAACUUCCGGAAACGGGAAAAAAAUCAAAAUCUUUUAAAAACAAAUCCAAAUCAGAAACUCCGUGGUUAGAUUUAUUACCUGAAGUACCUGCGUUCUUAUGUGAUCGUGUUAGUAUUGAAUGUGAUGUACGUCGAUCAGCUGAUAUGACAGUUGUUGAUGAUAUUCGACGACAAAGACGGAAUAUGCUAUACUUGUCGCGAGGCCAAUUAAAGAAACAUUCAAACACAUCAUUUAAUAUUUGUGUUUCUGUUAGAUACAUUUCUCAACAGGUUAAUAUGCCUUUGUUGCGACUUCUUAAUCAAAUAACUAAUAUGUACCAAAAUGUGAAAGAUACUCAAACUGAGCUUCGUGAACAACAGCCUCAUCCAUAUGUUUCGCGUACUAAUGCUAAGCCACCAGCAUCACAAUCUGAUCAAUCAGAAGUACCAGUACCCACACCACCACCUAUCAAACGUUUUUUGCCCCGUUCAGCUAGCGAAUUGAAACCUAUUGUAUCACCUUCUCCAUCAAUACGUUCAAAACACCAAACAUUAGCACAAAAAUUAAGAUCAACUGGUAAAAGCGUCAAAGGUUAUAUGAAUUUGAGUGAAACUCCAGUAGUCAGCGAAUGCUUGACUCCGAGUUUAUCUGAAUUUGAACGUAUCACACCAAUGAAACCCAUUGAUGAAGUGGAUUCCAAUAUUGUAUCAAUGACACCUAGGUGUUGGAAGACUGUUUAUCAUUUAUUAGAAUUAUAUGCUACAAUGCCUGAAACCAAAACAGUGACACAACGGAUAUCAUUUGGUGUAGAUGUAUCGGAAGGAUACAAGGGCACUAGAAAAUAUGAUAUAUUACCAGAGUCCAAAUCUUGCGAUGAUAUUGAUAAAGAUGGGUCUACAAGUACUCCAGUACCACCUGUUUCACAGCUAAAUCAGCGAAUAACAAAAGAAGAACGUACAAGACUUAUGGUGUUUGUUGUAGUUCGUAUUCACCGAACUAGACUAUUGGCCACAUUGAGUGGCUUAAAAUUAGAAGCAGAAAUUACUAACUUACAUACUAGUUCAACUUUUCGAAAAAAAACACGACCUCCAAGUUUAGAGUGUUCUUUGACUGGACAUAUAGGUCGUACUAUGAUAGUACUCCUAGAAGGUGUCGCACCUAAUCAACAGACUGUUGUUAAGGUUACUGUUGGUAAAUCACAGACUUUAUAUUCAAGUAUGAGUCGCCGAACAAAGGAUCAAAAUUCUGGUUUACUAACAAUUGGUGUAGUAAAUAUUGAUAUCCCUCAACAUCCUGUUGCUCUUCACGGAAUGAUGACUAGAGGAAGCAAGCAGCUUUCAUCUACUUUACAGGAACUUCGAGUGGCUCGAACAUCUAGUCGAAUGGGACGGGUUCCAACUAUUGAUGAAACUGAUGUACAAGGCUCUGUAGGACCAUCAAGUAUGACUGCUCAACAAAGUCCAAUGGUGCAAAGAGUGCACAAAGAAGAAGUUAUUAAGGUCACUGUUCCUGAACCUAAUGUUUUACUACAGCCAUUAGUUAUGCAUUUCACUGCUGUCAUUCAAUGUUUAACUGUCACUGCUGCUUUAUUGCCUUCAUUACGAGCUCAAUAUAAAAUGGACCAAGUUACCAGCACUGGUUAUACAGGAAACAAAGCAAAGUUUAUAAUUGAUUUGCCUCAACACACUUUAUCAUUCUCAACUAAAAUACCGGUAACUGAGACAAAUUUACCAUCAGAGGCUAGUAUAGAACUUCCAAAGGUACAUGUGUCGGCUGAAUAUAUACUUGAUGGUGGUUUAAAAACAGGAGAGAAUCAAUUUUCUGGAGCAGAUGGUGCUGUACUACGCCAAGGAAAUUAUUUAAGUGCUGUAGCUGAUAUUGGUGUAUUUGAACAGUCGCUCACAACAGAUCUAUUAAACCAUUUAGUGUUUGUUCAAAAAGUAUUUAUGAAAGAAGUCAAUGAAGUUGUUCAAAAAGUAUAUGGAGGUGAAAAACCUGUACCUAUAUGGUUAGAAGAUAAUGACACAAAUCGUUCUGCACCUGUCAAAAGAAUAUUAUUUUCAUUGACUGUGAAAAUGAGGCGCAUAGAACUUACUGCUACUACCCCGACAAAUUGUGCUGUUCGAUUAGAAACAGGUUCGGCAGACUUUCAACUAUCAAAUAGGGUACAAAAUGUAUCGGGGUCAUCUUAUCAAACAUCUGAACAAGUUAAAAUUUUUGUCAAAGCCCAUAUUGAUGUAAAUUUAUCGCUUGGUCAAGUGAUACGGAACCCAUUGUUUGAAGAAGCUGAUCCUGAAUUCCAAAGUUUCGCAUUUUUUAAAACAAGGAUAGAGCUACGAAAUGCUUUCCAAGGAGAAAUGGUUGGUGAAGGUGAAGACAAAGAAGUAAUACUCAUUACUCUGCGAAGGCCUUUAAUUUAUAUUCAACCUUUGGCUGUGGACAAGGCAAUAUUAGUGUGGUUGAACUACAAAAAUGCAUACGAAUAUUGGAACGAACAACGGGCUAGUUUAAAUAAAGAAGUUUUGACAGCUACUCAGCCAUCGACAGAAAAAUUGCCAUCUGACAAAAUACCGGUGUCACCAAAUUUGGGUACUAUUUUCUUACAAUUGACUGUUGAGGAUAUGGGUAUUUGUGUGCCUUUGAAUCCACUUCCCCAGACAACUUGGGGUUUAAAUCGGUCGAUUUUCAUGGACUUUGAGUCAUGUUCUGCAGUGGUAGUUACGUUAGAAUCAACUAGUAUAUCAGCAUGUAGUUCUGGGUCUCUAGUCAGUAAGGGCCGUUUCAUUGGUCUAUGUUUAAGAUUUGCCGAUGAUUUUGAUUCAUCUCUUGAUGAUUGGAAGCCUGAUAUAACUAAUGAACUUGUGUCUACUGCAAUGAAUUUGUGCAUAGUGUCAGAAGGAACAUAUGAAGUAUGCAGUCGUACAACUUCUCAAAAAUUAGAUUCUGUUACAGAAAAUGCAAAAUGGUUCUUAAACGUAAAAUGGCAAAUGGAAGGUGUUGACAUGCAUUUAGAUGUAAAUAUAGGAAAACAGCUUAGUGCGUUAGGACAUACUUUAACUGCCUUAACUGGAGUACAAGAUACUGAUGAUCCAUUAUCGGAUAGUAAUCCUAUAUCUCAAGACAGUGAUAUUAUUAGACACAAAUCAAACAUGGAAGGUGAUAUAUUAGCAUCUUUAGCCAUUGAUCCCACUAUGAGUGCUAAAACUAGAUCAAAAAUAAUUGAGAAAGAAAUGUAUGAACAAGCUAAAGCCAUUAAUGAUUUACGUUCGUUGGGAGCAUCUCAGGGGACUAUUGAACAUGAAGUCAAGCGUUUACGUGAAUUGGAAGCAAUGGUUUUCAAAGGAUUCAGAAGAGAUAUGAUUCAGAAACUUAGAAGACAAAGUGUGAAAGGUAAAUCGAGCUUAAAGGGUAAAUUUGGACUUAGCAACAAAAGUUCUACAUAUAGGUCAAAGUCAUUUAUUGUUUCACCUACACAAGAAGUAUCAGAAUUCAAAGAAACUCAAAGUCCUGACGAAGUGACUAGUUUAAGUAGUGUUGAAAAUUCUCCUCAAGCUGGACCACAACGUUCAACAUCAUUUAGGGUGACACAUCCUGGUCAUGUAACAUUCAGUAAUACUAAAGAAAUAUUCCGACAAAGUUCGUUGCCCAGUGCUAGCUCCGAACAAAGUUUAACUACAGAAGGUGAUGAUAGUUGGCCAAAUGCAGAUUAUGGCAGACAUAUGGACUCAAGGGAUGACUUUUUGGUUAAUCCAUUAUUUGUGUCGGGUGCUACUCAAAAACCACAAGAACCUAAUAUUGAUUUUGAGUUAGAUGUAAAAGUGUUUAUUAACAGUGGAAAAUGUGUAUUGCACACUAAAGAUUCUGUUAAAGAAGAUGAAAUCAAAUUGAUGACUAGAAUGAAAAAAGAGCGUAGUUGUUCUGGUGGUGUAUUUGAAUAUGUUCCUGGAAGUCCAAAUUUACCUAGGCGUUCUUAUAAAGAUAAAUUAGGUGCAAAUAGUACAUCGAGUUCUCGAUUAAGACACCACCAGACAGUGACCAACACUCUAUCUCAGUUAUCUGAAUUAACUAUAUUUCAUAUUCCUGGACUGGAUUUUAAAGUACAUUACGCAUCAAAAAUGGUGUCUGAUGAAGGUCAAUCUCUCAUGUACUCAAUUGACUCAAGUGGAGUAAUUAGUAGAAAAACAAGUACUAAAAAAGCCAGCCUCUAUUGUUGGGCUACACUCCAGAGCAUACCAGAAGAGACUAUUAUAUCACCACAUAUACUCGAAUUCCUAGAGCAGACUUUAGCACCUAUACCGGCACAACAGUUUGCUGAUACAGGUACAUUUGAUACAAUGUUUGCUACAGAUAAUGAUGACGAUUUGUUUGCUCCAUAUUUGACACCUGGGCAAUACGCUUAUACUUCAUUCCCUGUCGACGUAAUUGUCUAUCUCCAUGUUCAAACAUCAACAUUCCGAUUUUCAUGUUUGCCAGUAUCACGCGUCGAAUGUAUGCUGAAGUUGCCAUCAUUGGAUAUUGUGUUUUCUUCUAAAAGAACUGAUUCUUCAAAUGAACUUGAAGAUUAUUAUGAAGACUCCAAUAGUUUACCAGUUGCAGUAGGAGGUUUAAGUAUUACUGGAGUGAUGGCAGACUUUUCCAUGUACAUUUUUCAUCCAUAUGGAGGAAAAAAAUCAUCAGCCAAUCUUAAAGAGCCACAUACUCAUGCAUGGUCACCACUAGCUGAUGGUGAACGCAAAGAUUCUUUAAGCGUAAAUGUUGAAUUUAUUAAAUUUCAUUUAUCCAGAAGUAGGAAGCUUAAUUUUGAAUCCGUACCUGGACCUAAGACCACAUCUGAUCAAAGUCACGCAACUAUUAGAUUCUCCACCAUUGUUGAUAUAGGAUCUGCUUCAUUCAAAUAUGACAUGAGGCGUUUGACUGAAAUUUUAGCAUUUCCCCGUGCUUGGUAUAGGCGUAGCAUUGUGCGCAGACUUUUCUUAGGCGAUCUUACCAGAACUGUUCCAAGCAGCGUGUAUAGUGACCAUAGUAACAACGUGGAUCCUGAAGAUUCUUAUGGAAAUUUUAUAACUGAUACUAAAGUAAAACCUAGCCGUGAUAAAUUACACUUGAACAUUAAGGGUGACAAACAUUUGCCUUUGGAAAAGAAAAAAAAUAGUUCAAGCCAUGACUCAAGUCCAGACCAAAAAUCUAGUAGUGUCGGUGCAGCUGCAUGGGAAACACUGGUGAUAUUUGCUGUAAACUUUAAGAGACUUAAUGUACAUAUGAAUAUGGGAAAUGUUAUGGGAAAUGUUACUUGGUUAUCCAAGCAAUUUCAUUCCGAAGGCCGAUUAUCCAUUGGAAGUACUGGUCAUAAAAAUAUGUACAUUGGCUUAGGUCUUGGUGGUUCUGAACUUGACGCUAAAGGCGGUAUUGUGGGUGGCAUAAUUGAAUUGAAUGAAAUUAACACUUAUGUGUUGAUUAGAGAAGAUCCAGGUUCAGAGCCUCGGCAUACUGUUGGUUUAAAAUUGUCAGCACUUGAACUUCGUUUAGAUUAUAUGGGUACAGCAGUAUUAAUGUCCAGAGUUAGCCUACUUGAAGUGGUUUUAAAGGAUGAAUGGAAGGUGUUGAGUAAAGCCAUAUCAACUGACAGUGUACAUGACUCAAGCAAACGGCCAGGAAUUGUGUUUAUGCAUGGUGAUCUUGGUUGGGACCAAUUGCAGUUGAUGAUAUCCAAAAGCACCUCCUCGGAUAUUAUGAAAAUGUAUUAUAAACUGGAAGAAUUCUUCUCACAGCAGUUUAAGUCCAGCAAACGAGUUUUCUCAAGUUUACAAGACCACAGAGAAUCAAUUGGUAGUGAGAAAAGUUCAAAAAAGAAGACAGUGAGAAGACGAAUAUUAAUCUCAACCUCAAGUCCAGAUAACAUAAGUUCAGACGAAUGUAAACACCAUCACCGACAUUGGCAACGUGCAUUAGAAGCAGUUUCUGGAUUAAGAUUAUCCACAUUAAAGUACCCUUUACCACAUUGGGGUACUGUUUUAGGCGGAAAAAUGGAUUUACAUGGUGUAAAUAUAUCUUUAGCAUGCUUUCAUGGCAUUAAUUUCAAAUCAAAGUCAUGGGCACUAUUCUCCUUAAAAGAACCAUGUAUAUCAUUUGCAACUGAAGCUCAUGAAGUAUUUAAUUUUGGAGAUUCUGGACCACUAUGUAGAGAUGACUUGGACAUAAAUAUAGUACAAAAUCUCACUUUUAGUUUGGGAAUGGAGGGUACUGUACGUCCACAACACAGUAUGGCAACUGUGUGUAAGUUUAGUCGUAAUGUUCUUUUCCCACCGCAGUUCAAAACUAUUCAAGAAUGGUUCAAUUAUGCCUUUGCAUUAAGUGAAAUAGAUGAAGUUGACCGUUUCCCAAGUUUGGAGCGUGAGAAACAAGAUACCACUGAGUCAGCACCACGCUCACGUACACCAAAACCUCAAGAGAACCUGACUCAUACACGUGAAGUCAUAUUUGCAUUACCUACAUUACAACUUAAUCUCAAGAGCAACCAUACACAACCCGUCAAGUUACCUUCCCCAUAUGACAUCAAACCGACAGUUGAGUGUAGUUUUAUAACAGAGUUUGAAGAUCAUAUUUUUGUAACUGUAGAUGCAGAAGCAUUUUUCUUUCUACAUGAUCUCAUAACAUCUUAUAUUUUGGAAAAAGAUAAAGUAUCUUCUAUGACUAAUCGACCACAAAGUCCGGAAACAUCCAACACUGGAAAUACAAGUCAGCCCACCAUGGAAUCUCCUCAAUCAUUCACUAAUGAUUGGAGGGAUUACAAUUGUACCACUUGGCAUUUAGAACCAACUGUUAGAUUGUUGUCAUGGGGAGGCAAAAGUAUUGAGCCUUAUGGCGUAGACUAUAUAUUACAAAAGCUUGGUUUUUCACAUGCUCGGACGACCAUACCAAAAUGGAUGCAAAGAGGAUUCAUGGACCCUUUAGAUAAAGUACUCUCAGUGCUCAUGUUACGAAUGAUAGCAAUAGCACGAGAAGAAGAUGUUACCCGAAGGGAUGAUCCUGUAUGAAGCUAUAGAUUAAACUUAAAAUAAAACUAUUCCAUUGGACUUGACAAUUGCAUUCUUUUAUCAUACUAAAAC